AUGACGUUAUCAUUCAUCGUUAUAUCGUGUUACUUGUGAGAGAAGCAAUUGCAAUUGACAACGGUUGGCGCCCGUCCGUUCAGUAUCAUUCGACCAUCCACGAUAAACGUAAUGGCUGUCACUCUCGUAUUCUUGAUCUUCGCGUCGCUUAUAGUCCUGUAUUUCUAUUUAACGAGAAACUACAAGUACUGGCAGAAACGUGGAGUGCCGUCUCCAGAAGAUGUCUUUCCCGGGAUCGGUAACAUGUGGGAUUUUUUCACCAUGAAGACAACCUUUUCCGAAAACUGUCGUAACAUCUACAACAAGUACAAAGGUUACAGCAUGGUGGGAUUCUACAAUUUUACAAUGCCAACGCUAAUGGUCCUCGAACCGCAGCUGGUGAAGACGGUGCUGCAGACGAACUUUGCGAGUUUUCACGAGAAUACCUUGAAAAUCGAUCCCGAUUUAGAUCCCUUGCUGGCAAACAAUCCUUUUUUCACAUAUGGCGAGAAAUGGGCGAUUGGAAGGAAGCGUCUAACCUACGCGUUCUCCAGCAUGCGACUAAAAAUGCUACUCGAGAGCGUCAAACAGGUGUGCGUGACAUUUGAGGACUACUUGAACAGAAAUCUGAACAAAGUCGCAAAGAAAGAGGUUGAGUUGAAGGAUCUGUUCUCCAAAUUCACCGCGCAAGUGGUAUCUGGUGCCGGCUUCGGCGUGGACGGAUUGUGCUUCGAUGAAGAGAGGCAAAGUGAAUCUUUUUAUUCGUUAGGCAAAACCUUCCUCGAUCCGUCUCUUUUAAACAACAUAAUUUUCAACAUUGUAUUCUUUUUGCCUUCAUUGGGCAAAAUUCUCAGAGCAAGAUUCUUACCGAAAAAGGCCGACCAUUUCUUCAGAUCUUUGGUCACGGAGGUUUUCGAACAACGAAGGUCAGACGGCGUACGUAGAAAUGACUUUCUUCAAUUGAUGGCCGAGCUGGAGCGCAUGGAAGGCGACAAGUUUGAUUUGGGCGUUCUCACAUCUCACGCGGUGUCGUUCUUCAUCGAUGGCUACGAAACCUCUAGCAACGUUUUGAGUUUUGUCGGCUUUCAAUUAGCCAGUCAUCCGGAAGUCCAAAAAAGAUUACGCGAGGAAGUACUGUCCGUUUUCGCCAGACAUGACGGAGUGAUCACUUACGAAGGCUUGAAAGAAAUGACAUACAUGGACCAAGUCAUAAGCGAGUCACAGAGAAUCAUACCCACGCUAGGAUUUCUUACAAAAGUAUGCACGGAGGAUAUUGAACUGAAAGGAUCGGACGGACUUGUUUGUCGCGUGCAACGUGGAACGCCAAUCUUGAUACCCGUUCACGGUCUGCAGGAGGACGAUCGAUACUGGAAGAAUCCCGAAAUAUACGAUCCUGAUCGAUUCAGUCCGGACAGUAAGCACAGCAUUGAGAAAUUUGCUUUUCUUCCCUUCGGCGAAGGACCGCGAAUCUGUCCGGGAAUGAGAAUGGCUCAACUGCAAAUGAAAGCGUGUUUAGCUACGUUAUUGAGAAAGUACAGCCUGGAACUUUCUCCAAAGACACAAGUACCCUUGAAAAUGACGGCCUCAUCGUUCUUGUCCGCGGCAGUCGGUGGUCUGUGGGCCAUUAUUCAGCCGAUUUAAUUAGGAGAAUAUUUCAUUGCAUUUAAUUUUUUUUUGUAAUCAUGUAUUUUUUAUGUUUUUUUAUAUCUAUAAAAAAAUGUUUUAUUUGCUC